AUGCUUCUGUGUAAACGCUCACUAAAACAUAAAAGCAACGCAGGCCUUCAAGUGCUUCCCACUCAGCAGCAGCAGGGUGGCAUGUCUGUGACUUCUCCUGUGGCCCAUCCUGCCACCGCUGUCACAGAGGAUGAAGAUGAGAGUGAAGAUGAGUCCUGUAUCCUGGAGGAGAGUCCCUGUGGUCGCUGGCAAAAACGAAAAGAGGAGGUGAAUCAGCGAAAUGUUCCAGGAAUAGAUGCCGCUUAUUUGGCCAUGGACACAGAAGAGGGGGUGGAAGUGGUCUGGAAUGAAGUCAUGUUUUCGGAAAGGAAAAACUUCAAAAUUCUAGAGGAGAAGGUGAAAUCCGUGUUUGAUAACCUGAUCCUUUUGGAACAUGCAAACAUUGUCAAAUUUCACAAGUACUGGGCUGACACUAAAGAGAACAGGGCUAGGGUUAUUUUCAUAACCGAAUAUAUGUCAUCUGGAAGUUUGAAACAGUUUUUGAAGAAGACAAAAAAGAAUCACAAGACCAUGAAUGAAAAGGCUUGGAAGCGAUGGUGCACACAGAUUCUGUCAGCGCUGUGUUACCUCCACCACUGUGACCCUCCCAUCAUCCAUGGCAACCUCACAUGUGAUACCAUCUUUAUUCAGCACAACGGGCUCAUUAAGAUUGGAUCAGUUGCCCCAGAUACCAUUAACAACAACGUGAAAACCUGUUAUGAGGAAAAGAAAAAUCUGCACUUCUUUGCACCCGAAUAUGGAGAUGUAGAGGACGUCUCAACUGCGGUGGACAUUUAUUCUUUUGGCAUGUGUGCCUUGGAGAUGGCCCUGUUAGAGAUUAGUGGAAAUGGAGAGUCGUCGAUUAUUUCUCAGGAGGCUGUCAAUAAUGCUAUACAGUUACUGGAGGACCCGUUACAGAGGGAGUUGAUUCAAAAGUGCCUUGAGUGUGACCCCACCACACGACCUACAGCCAAAGAACUACUUUUUAACCAAGCUCUGUUUGAAGUGCCUCUGCUGAAAUUGCUGGCCGCACAUUGCAUUGUUAGUCAUCAACAUGUGAUCCCAGAAAAUGCUCUGCAGGAGAUUACGAAAAACCUUGAUCCAAACCUUGUGAUCGCAGAGACAAAGGAGGAUGUACAGCUUAAGUUUUCACAAUUUCCGGCUCUGGAGCUUGACAAGUUUCUUGAAGAUGUCAGAAAUGGAAUCUAUCCAAUGAUAGCAUUUGGGCUGUCAUGUCCUCAGCAGCCUCAGAAAGAGACGGUCAAGUCCCCUGUCAUCAUUCCUUUGGUCAAAUCACCAACUCCUGAACCUACAGAGCUGGAGACGAGACGGGUUAUUCAAAUGCAGUGUAAUAUUGAACCAGACGAAGAUGGAGCAAAGUAUCAUUUAACAUUGCUGCUGAAAUUAGAAGACAAACUUAAUAGACAUCUAAGCUGUGACAUGUUACCUCAUGAGAGCGUUGGAGAGUUGGCUCUGGAGCUCGUGCAGCUGGGCUUCAUCAGUGAGAUGGACCAAAAUAAAGAGACGGGACCAGGGAGGCUCAUGAAGAAGGGUCUGACUCUCAUUCUGGUUGGCCACAUUAACUUCAUCCUUGGGGCCAUUGUCCACGGAAAUGUCCUGAGGCACAUCUCCAAACCCAAUCAACAUGUCACCACCGAGUAUACAGUGGCCAAUAUUAUAUCUGUCACUUCUGGACUACUGAGCAUAGCCUCAGGGAUAAUGGCUAUUGUGGUAUCCAGGAACCUUCACCUGAUCAGACUGCAAAUUGGUCUUUUAGUCACGUCUUUCCUGAAUGCCCUGCUGUCCGCUGCCUGCUGCGUUGGGCUGCUCUUGGCCAUUGGGGUCACUGUUGCGCACAAUGGACAGGGCCUGAUGCAGGGCUGCAACAGUACAGCUGCAGGAGUGCCCAUCAGUGCAAGGUCACCUGUCAGUGCCCGCUGUCCCUUUGAUACCACAAGAAUCUAUGACACCACCUUGGCUCUGUGGAUCCCCUGUGCUGUGCUUUCGGCCGCUGAAGUUGGUCUUUCGAUCUGGUGUUUUGUUGUUGGACUGGCUUUGAGAGGCCUAGCUCCAUGUGGACACAGCUACAUCAAAGAACAGCUGGAAGAUGAGGUCGCAGCCACGGGUCAUAGCCAACAUCUGAUUGGACAGUCAUCCAUUCCUGAUGCGUAA